AUGCGCCUCUUCGUCGCCCCUCGUGCUAGAUUUGGUACUGAGAUGCGCGGCGUGGGAUCAGCUGGCAGAACCGUCAGGUGUCCGCUCAUCGCACCGAGGACUAACGGACCGCCAGCAUCCUUAAGCAGACAUUAUAAAAGAGAGAACGUGGAAUUAAAUCUUGUUUCUUGGAUGUGGAAAAUGAAGAUCAGUUGGUUCUUUCUUUGCGCAGUUUGCAUCUGGUCUCCAGUUCACGGAACAGUCCGAUCCUCCACUGCCUGUUCAUGUCAUGGGAAGGCACAAUACUGCAGAGCAGAUCAUCUGGGACCCUACUGUAUAAACUGCCAGGGAAACACCGAAGGGCGGCACUGUGAAAACUGUAAGGAAGGAUACUACCACCAGAGGGCAGGAGACAACUGUGUGCCCUGCAACUGCAACACGGCAGGUUCUCGAGGACCAGUAUGCAACAAUGAGGGACGGUGUACUUGUAAACAAGGAGUUUAUGGAGACAAGUGUGACCGCUGUCAUUAUGGCUCUCCAGUCACUGCCAGUGGAUGCGAGCCUUUGAGGCUAAACUGCCGGUCACGUAACAGUGGCCGCCUCACGUAUAAUACAGAGGAGUGCCUGCCCUGCUUUUGCAAUGGCCACUCAAGUGUGUGCUCCUCAGCUGAGGGAUAUUCCAUUCACAACAUCACUUCAACUUUUGAAAAUGGACCUGAGGGCUGGCGAGCCACAACUGCUCAAGGCGUGAACCCUUCACAAGUGCAAUUCAGGUGGUCUCCUACUCACAAAGACCUUGAGGUUAUCUCUAAGGAGGUCCUUCCUGUUUAUCUGUUUGCUCCAGCAUCUUACCUGGGGAAUCAGGCAAUGAGCUACGGUCAGACGCUCAGCUUCUCUCUGCGUCUGGACAGAGGUGUCCGUCGUCCUUCCAUCUCUGAUGUUAUCUUAGAAGGAGCAGGUCUUAAGGUGUCUGCUUCACUAGGAGACUUGAGAACUGUGGUGCACUGUGGCAAGAAAAUCACCUACACAUUCAAACUUGACGAACAGCCUGGCAGCAAAUGGAAACCACAGCUCUCAUCCACAGAAUUUCAAACACUUCUGAGCAACCUUACAGCCAUUAAAAUCAGAGGAACAUUUGGUGAAAAUGGACGUGGUUAUCUGGAUGAUGUCUCUCUGGUGUCAGCUAAACUGGGUCCCGGCACCCCUGCUGUCUGGGUAGAAAAGUGCAGAUGCCCUGCUGGUUAUGAUGGACUGUUUUGUGAACGCUGUGCCACUGGAUACCGGAGACGUUUCCCUGGCCAAGGCCCCCAAAGCCCCUGUGAUCCCUGCUCCUGUCAGGGUGGAACUUGUGAUCCAGAAACAGGAGGCUGUUACUCAGCUGAUGAGAUACCAAAUCUGCAGAUGUGCCCUAAAGGUUAUUAUGUCAACCGCCAACAGUCCAACUCCUGCCAAAAGUGUCCUUGUCCCGAGGGUGAGGCUUGCUAUGUUAUUCCAGGAACACAGGAGGUGAUGUGUGCUCGCUGUCCCCAAGGGACUACAGGCUCUCGUUGCGAAAUCUGUGAUGACGGUUUCUAUGGAGACCCUCUGGGAGAGUACGGCCCUCCCAAACAGUGCCAGCCUUGCCAAUGUUAUGGCCACGUGGACCAGAAUGCUGUCGGCAACUGUGACCGCCGAACAGGGGAGUGUCGGAAGUGCCUGAGUCACAGCACCGGCCCCAAGUGUGAGAACUGUGAAGAUGGAUACUACCACAGUUACCCCACAGAGCCAUGUCAGGCUUGUAACUGCAACCGACAGGGUUCUGUGUCAACUUCAUGCAAUGAUAAAGGACAGUGCAAGUGUAAGGAAGGUUACGAUGGACUCAAGUGUGACGAAUCAACAUGUCCUUCCUGCUUUAACCCAGUCAAGAGCAAGAUAGAGGUUUACGCAAGACAGCUGCAAGACAUGGAGAAUUUAUUUAAAGGAAUUGGAGGUGAUGAUGCACCAGUCAAUGAUGCUCAGAUGGUACGAGCUAUUAGGGCUGCAGAGGUCAUGGUGCAAAGCCUGGAAAUCAGAGCAAAUGAACUCACAAAUACUGAGAAACAGCUUCAAGAUAAACUGGUGAGCAUUAGCCGAUCCCAGCUGAGAGAGGACAGAAAAAUGGAGGCUUUGUUGACAACAGUGGAUGGGAUCAGAAACAAGGAUCAGCAGUACAGAACAGAAGUUUCAGAAAUCCAAAAACUCAUCAGUGAGAUCAGGUUAAAACUGCAACAGGCCAAACGGGACAUCCAACAGGCUGUGAUACAUAUCUUGUUGUGCAUCCAAAAUAUAUGACUGAUUGAAAAAAGUCUGACUGAAGGGUGUUUUCUUGCCAGGCACCAAGGUGAGGCAGUGACAGUGGAGACCAUUGCAGCCGAUUCUCUAGCAGAAUCUGAGAAAGCCCUAGACCUCAUCCGUGGUGUCAUCAACCGAGAAAAUAAUGUCAAAGACGAGCUCAGGGACCUCAAAAGACAGUAUGAAGCAGAUGUAACUAGAGUGCUUGACAUGGAUAGGAAGGCCAUUCAACUGACUGAUGCAGCUGGAAAGGAGAGCGGAGUGGCUCAGAACACUCUCAAACAGUUAUCUGACCUGGAGAAGAAACUUCCAAAGCCCCUGGCGAAGGACAUUGCUGGUGUGGUUUCCAAGUUCGACGGUCUGAAGGGUAUGGUGGAGGGGAAUUUAUCACAGUACCAGGACUUUCAGCAGUAUAUGCUCAAUGAGCAGAAAGAGACAACUGAUUUGUUCAAUAAGGCCAAGAGUUUCCAACAGGUUCAAGACAAACUUCUUGCCAGGGCAAAUGCAGCAGAAGCAGUUAAAAAUAAAUCUCUGGAAAUCUUUGCCAACAACAUGGAUAGUCUGGAUAAGACACUAGAGACACUCAAAGGAUUUGAUGACCAGAUCAGUGGUAAUAAGGAUCUGGCAGAUGCCGCUAUUCGAAAACUUCCUGCCAUCAAUGCCACCAUCCAGAAGGCCAUAGCUGACAACAUUAAGACUCAGGACAUUCUGGAGGCAAUGUCUGCUCACUACAGAGAUGCUCAGGAUACUAUCGACACUCUUACAAACACUGCAACCAAACUGGAGGGAAUGUCAGAUGCUCUUCCACCCUCUUUGGAUAUUUUGGAAGCUGCCACUAAACUGAAAAAGGACGUGGAUGGACUGACGACAGGGGCAUCUGUAUUUAGAGACAAACUGAAUGAAGAGAAAAACCAGGCAAAAGCACAGUUAACUCAAGCAAAGAAUGCUGUCAUGGAGUCCACUGGGGCACUCGAAAACGCAAAGAAUGCCAGGGAUGCUGUUAGUGAUACCUUAAAUACAAUCACUGUUGUUAUGAGCUCACUAGGAACUCCCGGGACAGUUGACGACACACGACUUGCCGAGCUAGAGGAUGCCGUCAACAAAAGCCGCAGUCGCGUGGAGAAGGAGCUGAGGCCCAGACUCAGGGAGCUGGAGGAGAAGGAAGCCCAGCAGAGAGCCACCAUUGCAGGCAUGAUCAAUGACAUUGACACCAUCCUGGCUGACAUUGCUAACUUAGAGGAGAUCCGUAAAAGCAUUCCUAAUGGCUGUUACAACAUACCACCUAUUGAAAGGCCGUAAAGGCUUUGAGUUACUGCAGGGCUGAAUCACAAUGUUACAUAGUUUAACCUAUGAACUUACUGACCCUACUUUUUAACUAAAGAGAGUUUAUUGUCAUAACAUGAUUUUGUACUGUGUGAGAGAAUUUUUUUGUAUUUAUUUUAAUUGUUUUUCUCAUUUUUUUUCAAAAAUUAUUACUGUGAAGUUUGAAAUGUGGUAAAUGAUAUUUCUGUUUUGCAUGAUUGCCAAAGAUAUUUUGUUUUGGGUGAUUAAUAGAUAAAUAUAUACCAUAUCUGUAAUUGUUCUAGAUAAGAAGUAACAUCCAGUUGCUUCUCCGUCUGCUUCAGCAUUUAGUGAAAACUACUUUCAAACAUGAAAGAAAUGCACAAACUAACAAUUUUAAUUUUGUGUUGUUUUGUUUUAUUAAAUUCAGUAUUGUCAUCAAGGACAGGAGUUAUUGUCAUGG